GCUAAACGAACUUCAUUGGGCAAUUUGAGAAAAUCCAAAUCAUCUACAACAGCAGAUCAUCAACAACAUAAAACUGAAUCGAUGGUAGUAGAUAUGACUAUGAAACGACGAUCAACUGGAUGUCUUCGACGUGCUUCAUUUUAUUCAACCAAAAGUACUAAAUCGGCUGAUGCAUCACAAAUCAACAAGGAAGUUUGGCGACCCCCAGGAUUUUACGAAAUCCCGAAUAUCCUUGGCAGCAAUGCAUUCUUGAAACCUGAACCACAAACCCAAUCUACUUAUAGUCUACGACCUUAUACACCACAAAAACAUAUCUGCAAACGUCCUUGGCUCCCAGCAGGUAAAUCUUUGGAUAUUCCUCAACUUCCUCCUCUGGUGAAAUCUGAAAACGAAUUUGAGCGGAGCAUUCGCAAAGCUCUUCCCAAGAUGCAAGUGUCUUCUUUGGACCCACGCAACAAGUACGCUAGUUUCAAGGAAAUCGGCACUGGUGUCAAUGGUUCCGUGGUUCGUACUACCCAUCGUUACAAAAAGAAUCUGCAUCUGGCUAUCAAAAGAUGUCGUUUGGACCCCGAUCGUGAAUACAAAUUGGCUAUCGUACGUGAACUCAAAAUCAUGGCGUCUGGACAUCCCAAUCUUAUUCGCUUACGUGAAGUGACUCUGUGGCGUGAUGAUGUUUGGAUGGCCAUGGAUCUACAACGUUGUUCUGUCUUUGCUGUGCUCUGUCAACGUGGCAUUCCCGAAGAAUAUGCUGUUCAUAUUACUUGUGAAACCCUCAAGGCUCUACAAUAUCUUCAUGCUAAAGGUUUUAUUCAUCGUGAUAUCAAGUGUGAAAAUCUGUUAUUAGGUUGGAAUGGUGAAGUCAAACUAGCUGAUUUUGGCUUAGCUACAAGAACUACAAAACGUAACAAAGAUCGUCUAGGAACAAGCAAAUGGAUGGCUCCUGAAGUCAUUCGUGAACAGUACUAUGAUGAAAAAAUUGACAUGUGGUCUCUUGGAAUUACCGUGGUGGAAAUGAUGGAUCGUGUACCUCCCCAUUACUUGUUGAAGGAUGAAAUUGAACUGUUUGCUGCCAUCCUAAGUGAUCCAAGUCCUACCUUCACUUAUAGUUAUCCCACAAUGUAUAUGCGUGGUUUGGUUGCUUGGUUAUUAGAUGAAAAUGCUCGAACUCGACCCAAUGCAAAGGAUGUUUAUCAGGAAAUCAUGGCUCAUGUUCAAAGUAAUCUAUUACGAAUGGCAACUACGAAUGAACUAGCAAGAUUUGUCAAUCAUGUUUUACCUCCUUAUUGAUGAAUGAUUUUCCUUUCCUUUUUUUUUCAUCAUGACCUUAUAUCUUGGCCUAUUUUUUUUUUUUUAGUCUUGUCUCUAUUUACUUAGCAUACCUACCAUCAAUUCCCACACACACACAUUUAUAUCACGAUUAUCAUAAUCACCCCUUUCAACAUUUAUCAUCAUUACCAUCAUCUUCAUCUCGAUCAUCAUCUUUAUCAACUACCAUACAAACACACUUUC